GCUGCCGGGAGAAAAAUGAAGAAAAAACAUGUCGGGGGGAAGCGGGGUGGGAAGACCGGCCGCGGGGGGAGCACGGGCCGGGAGCGGACGGUCCUGGUCUUCAGCGAGGAGGAUCGGAGGGAAUUUCUGACUGGUUUUCACAAGCGCAAGGUUGAGAGGAGGAAAAAGGCUUUGGAAGAAAUUAAAGUGAAACUGAAGGAGGAACAAAGGCGAGUGAAAGAGGAGAGACAUAAAGAAUAUGUGAAGAUGUUCAAGGAAAGACAAGAAGCUUUAGAGGAAGCUGAUGAGUUGGAUCAACUGGCAACAUCCAAGAUGGAGUCCAUUCAGUAUGACCAUCCAAACCACACCGUUACUGUGACAACGGUCAGCAGUUUAGAUCUGACUGCUGCCAAUUUGUUCAACCUUGGUGCAAACCAGCCUGAAGACAUUGAGGAACAGCAGACUGUGAAGAAGGAAAAUGUGGACGAGGACUCGCCUGUGAAAAGAGACAACCCUCUACCAAGGAAAGCAGCUGAGCCCAUAAUGUCUGCAAGAAUCUCUUCGCUGACCUCUGCCCUGCACUCAUCCGGUGUGAAAAAUCAGAAGGGAAAGAAGUGGAAAGGUUCUCAUGAUCAGGUCAAAAAACCCCUGAAAGGCAAGACCACAAAAUCACAGAGAAGAAAAAGGACGGGAAAACCAGGGGGGGAGCAGUGAAUCACAGAAAGCCUGGUCUCCAGGCCUUCGUUACCCACUGAAUAAUGUGGCCGUACAAUAUCACUGUUGGAACUGAAUGACCAAUAACCCUAGAUCUCUUUACAAACAGGGAUGCAAUGUUGAUGGAAGCUGAUUGUGAUAUGCCAUGCUCGGAAAUCACCAGAUUACCCCAUUUAAGAGGAUGGUGCUUCAGUCACACUAGCUUCUUUUAGGAAGAUACUGGGACUAGUGAGUAAUGCUGAGGUACCUUGAGAGUUCUUUUGGUUAGGGACCUUUUGCUUCUAAAACAGAACUAUGGCAUCAAAUGUUUGCUAAACUCGAUUGUUCUUCAAACUGCAGAAUUCUUCAAUGUAUUGCACCACUCUUCGUUUUCUACUCUAUGUGUCUCUGGCUAUUGUGGUAUGUGUGAAAUCUUUUACCACAAUACAUGUACCUCAUACAGGAGCUUGAACAGUUACACAGAAACAGAAAGUCAAGUGAGGAAGGCCAUGUGUCCCACCUAGCCUUACCGGUCCUGAAUUAUGGAUGUUCCGAUGUGAGCUCCACCUUAAUCUUACCACCACCUGUGGAUAAAUACACAUUUAUUUUCCCCAAAAUCCUCCUGACAUAUUGAGCAGUAUCGUUAAUGAUAUCUCUAACUUUCAAUUCCCUUUCUCAACACGCGUUAAUCCAGCCACUUUUUUAAAGGCACGGAUUAAAGCUGAAUCUAGGAAUCCAUUAUUGUGUUGGUGUGGAGAUGAUAUCUAUUCUCUUAUUCUAGUUGCAGGCUUGAGAAUUUAGUAUUGGCAUCCUUAGCCUAUUGUUCAUCAUGCAAGCUGCAUUGCUUACUUUGACCUGAUCUGUAUUUUCCAUUAUUUCAAGCUAUUGGGCAAACUUUGUACCUGCUCUCUGUAAACAUGUUAAUUGCCCUGACGGAAGUGAAAUAAGCUUCUCCUUUGUGACCGUCACAUCUUGUAGUGCUUGCCUCACAUCUGACCCUGCUGAUACCUCCAUGUCAGCCGCAGAGCUUUGAAGCUGAACAACUGAACAGCAGUAAGUCAUUGAUUCUCUGUUGAUUAGCUGUGUUGCUGAAUAAUAAAAGCAAGAUGUAUGAAA